CACAGUUCAGUAAGUUGACAGCUCAACAACACGUUUCCACAAUGCAAGAAUAUCAACAAAAUAACCACGUUUUCACGUGUUUGUUGACAUUUGUAUUGUAGUCAUACAUGAGCUGAAUGCAGAUCCUUUGAACUGAAAGUGUUCUAUAGAUUUUAGUCCGUGGUUUCCCGAUCAAAAUGUCGUUUCUUAUGGAUUCAGUGAUCAUGUUCACCUCACAGGUGUUCUUCUUUGGCUUUGGGUGGCUGUUCUUCAUGCGGCAGCUGUUCAAAGACUAUGAGGUACGGCAGUAUGUGGUCCAAGUGGUGUUCUCCAUCACCUUUGCCUUCUCCUGCACCAUGUUUGAGCUCAUCAUCUUUGAGAUAUUGGGUGCCUUAGAAACUAGUUCCAGGUAUUUCCACUGGAAGUUCAACCUGUAUGUGAUUCUACUGGUUCUAAUCUUCGUCGUGCCUUUUUAUAUCGGCUACUUUGUCGUCAGCAACAUCCGCCUGUUGCAGAGACAGAAGCUGCUCUUUGCCUGUGUCGUCUGGUUUACCUUCAUGUAUUUCUUCUGGAAGUUGGGGGACCCUUUCCCCAUCCUCAGUCCCAAACAUGGUAUCCUGUCCAUCGAGCAGCUGAUCAGUCGUGUUGGGGUCAUAGGGGUCACGCUGAUGGCUCUAUUGUCCGGCUUUGGUGCUGUCAACUGCCCUUACACCUACAUGUCCUACUUCCUACGGAAUGUGACAGAGAGUGAUAUUCUUGCCUUGGAGAGGAGACUUCUUCAGACCAUGGACAUGAUCGUCAGCAAGAAGAAACGCAUUGCCAUGACGCGGAGGCAGAUGUACCAGCGAGGGGAGGACCAGAACAAACAGACGGGAUUCUGGGGCAUGAUCAAGAGUGUCACCUCCUCACCAACAGGCAGCGAGAAUUUGUCUCUGAUCCAGCAGGAAGUGGAUGCUCUGGAGGAGCUGAGUCGCCAGCUCUUCCUGGAGACAGUGGACCUGCAGGCCACCAAGGUAACGCAUGAGCGCGCUCGCAUAACGGGGGCGAGACCACCGGUCCAGUUGAACCAUGAUAAAAACCCUAUUUACUGUUGACGAGCAGAUUGUAUA